CCUACCAGCGCAGUACCACUCGUGACCACAAGAUUGGAUCAGCCAAAUCUCGAUCGUUCUUCCUCUCUGGCGACGGAGGCGGACGGCGACGGCUUGCAGCUCGUACCGAUGUCCCCUUCCGCCAUUAAUUCCUCGCCCACUGAAAGAUCCAAGCUUUUCCCCCCAACGAACCAGGACCAGCUGCAUGAAUGCCGCUGCGUGGUCGUGGUCAUUCAUUCACUCCAUUUGCACCAGUCCCACUAUUCCAAUCUGGGGAAUAUUAAUGUGGGGAGCUUGUUCCACAUCUAAGAGAGGCUGAUACUCUACUACUAAGGAAGAAAAAGGAUGGCAGCAGCAGCAGCAGCAGCAGAAGAGCAUACAGUGCCACUGUUGAAGAAGCAGUACUAUGAGAAUUGUCCCGGUUGUAAGGUUGAUGAACAGAAAGAGUUGAAGAGAGGAUUGCCCAUCCGGGAGUUCCUUUCAAUUUGGACUGUUGUUCUUUGCACAGUUCUCCCGAUCUCAUCUCUCUUUCCCUAUCUCUAUUUUAUGAUUAGGGACUUCAACAUUGCAGAAAAAGAAGAAGACAUAGGUUACUAUGCUGGUUAUGUUGGAUCCUCAUUUAUGUUCGGUAGAGCUUUGACUUCUGUUUUCUGGGGAUUGGUGGCCGAUCGCUAUGGUCGAAAGCCUCUUAUACUCUUGGGGACUUCAUCAGUGGUUAUCUUUAACACUAUCUUCGGGCUCAGUGUAAACUUCUGGAUGGCUGUUAUCACAAGAUUCCUACUUGGGUGCUUGAAUGGUUUACUUGGUCCAAUAAAGGCAUAUGCAUCUGAAAUGUUCAGAGCUGAACAUCAAGCCUUGGGUUUGUCAACGAUCAGCACAGCAUGGGGUAUAGGAUUGAUUAUUGGUCCAGCUCUAGGAGGUUUCCUGGCCCAGCCAGCUGAGAAAUAUCCAACUGUAGUUUCCAAGGAUUCUUUAUUUGGGAGAUUUCCCUACCUUUUGCCUUCUCUGGCUAUAUCAGUUUUUGCUGUUGGAGUAACGAUUGCUUCCUUCUGGCUCCCGGAAACAUUGCAUAACCAUAAGGAAAACAGGGCAGCAUGUGACGACUCUUAUGAUGCUUUGGAGACUGCAUCUGGCGAAGGUGGGUCUAAGGAAUAUGAUGGAAACACUGUAGCGAUUAUCGAACAGAAGAAACAACCAGCAAACCUCCUUAGAAAUUGGCCUCUGAUGUCAUCUAUCAUGGUCUACUGCAUCUUCUCUCUUCAUGAUAUGGCUUAUGCAGAGAUAUUUUCAUUGUGGGCAGUGAGCCCCAGAAAGCUCGGCGGACUUGGAUACUCGACGCAGAAUGUUGGUGAAGUUCUGGCAGUGUCAGGCUUUGGACUGCUUGUGUUCCAACUUGCUCUAUAUCCAUAUGCGGAGAGGCUUCUCGGACCUGUAAUGGUGUGCCGCAUUGCUGGUGUAUUAUCCAUUCCAUUGUUGGCAAGUUACCCUUUUUUGUCGAAGUUGUCGGGCUUCAGUCUGAUUGUCCUGUUAAACUGUGCAUCUGUAUUGAAGAAUCUCCUAUCCGUAUCAAUUGUCACCGGCUUGUUCAUGCUACAAAACAAUGCAGUGGAGCAGCACCAGAGAGGAGCGGCGAAUGGGAUAGCAAUGACAGCGAUGUCUCUGUUCAAGGCAGCUGGUCCUGCUGGUGGGGGUUCUCUAAUGGUUCCUGUGGCGUGUGUGUGCAGGUUUUCUUGGGGUGAAACGCGUCAGGAUGCGACCUUCCUUCCAGGUAACCAAAUGGUGUUCUUCGUGCUGAACGUGGUGGAGGCAAUUGGGGUGUUGUUCACUUUCAAGCCUUUCCUAGCCCAGCCCCGAGGUCGAACAGCAACAACACAAUGAUCUAGCUGCUGCUUGUUUGGAAGAAGAAGAAGAAGAACUGGAGGCUGGCUCGGGUCCUUGGUUGCUGAGGAAGAAGGUGGUUUGGCACAAGAUUCAAAUUUGAAGUUGAAGAAUGCCGUUGUGUCGUUUUGUUCAAUAAAGCGCUGCUGUGUAGUGCUUUGUCGAUUUGGUCAAUUGGAGUCUAAAAUCGUGUCUUAGGCUGCAAGGUGUUUAGCAGCUUAGUUGGUUAGUGAAAGUUGUUU